UUUCUCAAUAGUUAUUGGCGAUUCAUGAGCCUGACAAAUCGUAUCAUAAAAGCUACUGUCAAUUCUUAUCUCCCUUGGCGGGGAAAUGAAAAUAUCGUGGAUUGAAUCACUGCCACGUGUCAUUCCCCUUCUUCCUAGCAUUUUGAUUUGUUGCUUCGAGGAAAUGAAACGGAAGUGAAAGUCAUGUCCUUUGUUCCAGGUUCUAUUUUAAGUCACGAUACGAGAGUUACUUUUCGAAAGUUGAAAGAAGCUGUUUCAGGAAGAACACAAGAAUCCAUUGAAAGCGACAUAGCGUAUAUUUCAAUGAUGAAGAGGGUGCGCUCACUGUCCGUUGUCACAAAUCUUCUUGAAAGUUGCUUGGAAGACGAAUUGAAACAGAAAAAGUCGUCCUGGACUGAUCUAGAAAAAUGUUGGGAACUAAUGCAGCUUGCAAUUGAAGAAAUAGCUCGAGUCGACAAAGGAGUUGAUGCUGAUGUUUGUAGCAAUAGAAAUUUGGUCGAAAAUGAAGACCUUCGCGAGUUUGAAAGAAUGCCAGACUUGCUUUGUAAGCAGGCUACUUUUGAAGAAAAUUGCAAAGCCAACUCUUAUGAGUCCGACGCAGUAUCAAGGAAUAGUAAUACAGCAAAGGUAAUCGACGAGAGCGAAUUUCCUUCGAAUCCUACCGCGAAAUCCGCUUUUCCGGAAUUCACACAGUCGUAUUCAGAACACAGUCAAGACGUUUCUCCUCGUUGCUUGCGUUCGAAACGCUCUAGUUUCUCGCUCCUCCCGAAUAGUCCAGAUCAAAUUUUGUCAGACGAAGCGACAAAAAGCUUUUCCUCGAAUGAACCUUCAAAGGACUCACAUAGUCUUUCAAAAAACAAAUGUUUCUCUAGGGAAAACACCGGUUUGAGAAACACUUCAGAUAAUAUAAUAUAUCAUAAGGAGGCUUUCGAACUCCAUGUCGCUGGAGCUGUUUCUUCAUUUAGAAAAGCAAGGUUGAAUUUGUUCAAUUCUGAGAGCGAAGCUUCAAAUACAAAUUGCUCAUUUAAUCAAAGAAGUUCAGUGAAGCUGGUUAAAAAUGACUCAUUGUCAGAUACAUUGUCUGAAGGAGAUUUGAAUGUUUCAUGUGACAAGUACACUCACGGACUUGAAACAAAGGCGAAACAUAAAAAUUUUUGGUUGUCAUUCCUACCUUCAUAUGAAGAAGCAAUCAUGGUUAGGAACACUAAAGAGAACUCUCCGAAACUUUCAUCUGAAAAUGACUCGGAAUGGGAAGCAGUUUCGCAGCAGAGUAUUCAUAAUGAAGCAGAACAUUCUGCUGUUGCAGUAGCGUUUCGGAAUCCUUCAAAAAUUUUAAUCUCACAUGGAAGCUCUUCUCUUUAUUCGAACACGGAAAAGAUACUUCUUUUAUUACGACAGCUCCGUGAAGCUUUCGAAAUUUUAAAUGCAUCUCACAAAAAGCGUGAGAGACUUAGGCUUCACUGGGAAGACAGGGAACAUCGCUGGAAGAAACUUUCAAGUCGAAUGCAACAGAAUUCCUCGAAGGCGGAGUUAGAAAGGGGAAAGAGAUGGGAAGAAAAAGCUAGAAGAGCCAAGAGAGAUUUAGAGCAUGCUACAAGGAGGAUAUAUAGUAUUGUGAACCGGAUUGAAAUCCUUCAUGUACCAGUUUUUACUGGUGCCUUGUGUGAAAUCCUUCGAAUAUAUAUGACAAUUUCCGAUGCAAUGAAUAACGGAAUGAAGUCCCUUCGACUAUUUUUGCAAGAAGAAGACUUCACUCUGAAAAGAUCCGAGACACGUUCUAAUGGCAUCCAUGAAAGAAGUUCGGUAGUGAACCGAACUCAUGAGUUACUUUUGUCUCGUCAUUCCUCAACCAUGGAUUUUGCAGACGAAGCUAAGACUGAAACCUCCUUUUACCGUUCAGUAUCACCUAUAGUUUCACCUCGAGGUCUAGAAUUUGAGAAUUCAAAAACGGAAGGAUAUUUUCCUGUCUCUGACAGAGAGAAAGAAAUAACUUUGAACAAUAUUCCUGAAGAAAUUUUGGCGCAAAUCUUUAAAUAUCUUAGCAUUCAAGAGCGAGCUGUAGUUGCCCAAGUUUGUAAGUCUUUUUAUGGGGCUUGUAAUAGAGGGGAGUUGUGGAGGAAAGUUAUCUUGCAAAGUAGAUUUCCUAGCGACUCAGAACCGGGUUCAAAGCUAUCAACUGCAACUCUGCUUGAACCCUUUUUUCGGCUUCACGGAACACAUAUUCGUCGAAUCGAAUAUUUUCAAGCCUGCUCUCGCUUUGCUGGAAGCGUUCCACUGCAACUUAUUGCUCAACAUUGUAUUAAUUUAGAAGCAGAGUUGAUACUAAAUGAUGCGCCACCUGGCUCUGUAACGAAUGAACUGCUCCUUGAUAUUUUCUGCAGGGCUGGUUCUUGUCUUCGAGACGUAGAGCUAAACUAUUGUAAUCUAGUGGCAAAUGCUUCGUUGAAGUCUUUAGCUGCAUUUUGUCCGAAACUUGAAAGGUUCGUUGUUAGGAGUGACUGUUUAAGUGGGAGGUCUAGAGAAAUGUCAACAAACAUGACAAGUUCAGGGAUACACUCAAUUUUAGCGCACUGUGAACAGCUCAAAGAAAUCAGUGUUCCAUUGCUACUAUGUGAACGAAAUUUGUCUCUAAUAACUGAGCGGUGUCAUUUUUUGACCAAUAUACAUAUAGAAGAUCCGCCUCCAUUCCGUCACAGUAUUUCGGCAAAUGCUGUUGCUAGUGAGCAUAUUUCAGAUACUGACGAUGAGUACGUUGCUCCUCGCAGUGAAACCUGGCACAAGCUACUGGAAAAAUUUCCUAACUUGCUUUUUACCUUGAGUAUAGAAAUAGAUCUUAGUGAACCAGUUAGCGUAAAUUCGCCACAGCGUGAAGGAAUACGGGCUCGUACUGGCUGGAGCUUUGAAGAUUUUGUUGAAACAUUUGGCAACAGAGCAACUGCAGUUACCCAUCUCUUUAUUUAUUUUGUCUGUGUUAGAGAAGGCAUUACGUUUGGCGGCAUUGGAAAAUUGUUUUCAUGUGUAGCUAAUGGUUUUCCUCGAUUAGAAGAGUUGAGAGUGGAGAAUCUUGAUUCGUUUCCUAUGAAUGGCUGUUCUGGAAGUUCAUUGAGUUCUAUUGAUGAAGGAUUUGUGGGGUUAAUCACCAAUUGCAAAUUCUUGAGUCAAGUAUCUCUUGUCAACUUUCCCUUUGCAUCUCAUGUUUUAUUGUACCUAUUAAAACUUCGAGGUAUGCAGUUGACAACUCUCUCACUGGGUCUUCGAGACUUGUAUGAGCAUACGGGAAGUUUGGCUUCAAAAUGCACUGUUGAAGAGUCGAAGAUCCCCAGUAUCCUCCUUGCUAUAGGGCAGUUUGCUCCAUUUCUAAAACAGUUGUGUAUAACUGACAGCGAGCAUCUUUCUCGUGUAAUACUCAAAAACGUUAUGGCUAAAUUGAAGUCACUGGAGAAACUGAUCAUAAGCAAUUGUAGGCGUAUAAAACAGGACGACAUUGACGAGAUCUCCAAGAGAUACUUUUGGGUUACUAUCUCAUAUGUCGGUUGAGUUGGUUCCUAUUCUCUCAUUUUC